AUGGUGGAGGAAUCGCAAGGCCAAGGCCAGGGCCAAGCUGGCCACACCAGUUCCGAGCCCGCGUCGGCCACCUCUGAGAAGCAUCCAGCCCCCGGCAGCUCGUCUGCCAACCACGACGCCGCCAGCAAGAGGCGCCGCGGCCUCGGGAUCGUGACCCCUAACGCCUGUACCGAAUGUCGCAAGAAGCGCGCCAAGGUACUGCUCGCAAAUCCUGGAGACCCUGCGGCUCACCGCGAAAACAACCACCACAUCCUGAAGACAAUCCAAGCCUCGGGCAGCAUGUCCCUUCGCGACGUGAGCUGCGAACGGGGUUCGGAAAGUUGGUGUUAUGCUGGCCGAAGUGUGCGCAUGGCCAUCGAGAUGGGCUUGCACCGACUCUGUGAUGACGGCGACGAGGAUGAGAUCGCUGUGCAAGGUGCCACGUUCUGGGGCGCCCUUGCCCUGAGCCACGCAUGGUCGCUGGCCACCAGCUCUCUGCCACAGUCUUCCUGCUUUUCACAUCUCCCUCCGAAGCCUGCCAUCCUUGAUGACGUCGAGGCCUCCCUAUGGGCGCCGUACACGAACGACGAACUGAGCGAGCUGGUCCAACAAUCCUUGUACGUGCUGCACUCGCCCGGCAAGUCCAUAACCCGCCGCGAACUCCUGAACAUCUACACCCAGUACCUGAACUGGUAUGACAGGACACCCGAGGUUCUGCGCCUGGGCCAUAAGUUGGCCUCGGUUGCCGUGGCGCGUGCCUCCAUGAUUUGCCAUUCUACUGGCUUUGGUUUGCCAAAUACUUCUAAGACUGUAAGGCCACUGAUGGGUUGGCGUGGCAAAUCUACCAGCUGA